AUGGGGUCAGAGGGAUCAUUGCAGCGUACAGGGUCCUCGAGGAAACAUGAUGAGGAAACAUUGGGCUCUUCCCAUUCCAAGUUACUUGACCAUAAAAGGCCAAGAGUCUCUGCCAUUCGUGAUUUUGCGCCAGGGUGUGGACGAUCUACUCACUUCACAACUUCAGUUGGUAGUUCUGAUGAUAUGGCUAGGGAACAUCAUGUCCCUGCCGUUCGUGAUUUUCCCCAAGGAUGCGGACCAUCUGCUCGCUUGACAACUUCAGUUGGUACUUCUGAUGUGGCUAGGAAACAUCAUGUAGGAGCCGUUCGAGAUUUCCCUCCUCAAUGUGGAACAAGUGCGUCUCAGGAGGCCAGAAACUUUGAUCGAGAGGCGCAGUCAGUUAAGGGUGACAAACCAUCAACAUCAUCAAACACUGACAAGACUAAUGUGUAUCGUUCAUGGUGGACAGGAAAAGUUGCCCACAGAUCUAAACCAAAUGGAGAUAUUGGCCCAAUAAAAAAGCAACCUGAAGCAAAUCGUCAGCCAGAAAGAUCUCGGAAUGACUCGGACAAUACUAGAGGAAAGACUACUCAAUUUAGUGCUGCUAGCCUUCGUAACAACAACACAUCUCUCAUCCGAACGAAAGUGACAGAGACACUGAGUCGGUUCAGAGAUCUUUGUAUCGAGAUUGAGCGUAAGAAGUUGAGGGAAGGAGCAGCAAAUCCGAGAAGGAUAGAUUUUGAAGCUGCAAAGAUCCUCAAGAAAGAAAGAGGAUACGUUAAUACAGGCUCACAAAUAAUGGGAGAUGUACCAGGUGUGGAAGUUGGUGACAUUUUUCGUUACAGAAUUGAGCUCACCAUUGUUGGGUUACAUCGCCAGAUUGAAGGUGGGAUCGACUAUACACAUUUUGGUAACGAGUCGCUUGCAACUAGCAUUGUGGCGUCUGGGGGGUAUGCAGAUGAUACGCAUGACUUGAACUCCCUAACUUACACCGGCCAUGGAGGAAGCGUGAUGCACCAUAACCUCCCAGAGCAUCAAGAGCUUAAACGCGGGAACCUGGCUUUGAAGAAUAGUAUCGACGCGGAGAAUCCUGUUAGAGUGAUACACGGGUCUGAGACUUCCGGUGGAAGAAAGCAGUAUGUUUAUGUUGGACUAUAUUUGGUGGAGAGGUGGUGGAAGGAAACGGGGGAUCAUGGAAAGAUUGUUUACAAGUUUCAACUGAACAGAAUUCAGGGCCAGAGAUCGAUCCCUUGGUUGAUAUAA